CUGACGUUUGAGUGUAAACAUAAACAAAUGCUUGCGGAAAAUCGUGCGCGCUCCGCAGAAAUUGUUCAAUUUUUAUUAAUUUGUGAUCGUUUUAUCAAAGAAAAGUGAUCGAGUAGUGGAAUACUGUGUAUCAAAUCAUUACAAGUCUUUUAAUCUAGCGAAAUAUGGCGGAUUUACCCGCUCACUUGAGCGCCGGCGGUGGUGUUUUCAAGAAUCGAAAAAUGGCGAAGCCACUUCAUAUCCAGAGGCUAGAAGCGGCCCUCGAUAUGCGUCCUUUUAUGGCCUACGCUCGGGAAAUGCUCUCCAAGCCGCUGACCAGCAGUGAGGACGAAGACGACGACAUCGACAGUGAUGACGAUUCGUGCUCGGACAACUCCAAUGGCAACUUCCGGAAUUAUCGGAGAUUGGCCUAUGGUGUCAAGGUUUCCAAGCAGGAGCGUAAUGAAGAUAAACGGUAUCUGUACAACCUCACUUCCGUUGGACCGGAACGUCUUUGGUUGCAGAAUUUGCUGCUUUCCGACAGUGAUUCGGAGAGCGAAAUUUCCGACGAAGACGAGUAUGUUCGGGAUAUGCUACGAAACCAUGUUCGAGAGCGGAAAUAUCGGGGGAAAUAUUAUUCCAGUUUAAAGAACUCGCAGUACGGUUAUUACGGAGCUGGGCUACUGUCCACCUAUGAUAUGUUCCCGGAACAUCAAAGAUCAAUUGUUGGUGUGAGAAAGCGAAAAAUCAAGCGAGAGAAGAAACUUGUAAAGCUGAAGUCAGGAAAGAAAAAGAUCAAACACGAAUCAGAUGAUCGUGGUUCCGAUAUGGGAGAUAUUGAUUGGGAAGAACAGCUAGCCGCAUUGAAAAAUGAAAAUGACGAUGAUUUUGAUUCAAAACCAUCCAGCCCGACGGCUCUAAAAUCGAAACGGGGUCGCAAAUCGGCAAUAAAAACUCCCGAAAUGAUGGCAGCAAGAAGGCGCAAGAUUUGGCAACUGAUGGCUAAAAAGGAACUUGGCAAAGUUCAGCGAGCCAAAGUCAACAAUCACAAAGAUAUGGUUACAAAUUGUCGGCGCGUUGCCUCACUCUGUAUGAAAGUAUCGCGCCAGAAAGCAAUGCAAUCCCAAAAAUUGAUGAAGGAAACGAUCUGGCGAGCCAAGCGGCUUACGAGAGAAAUGCAAGGCUACUGGAAACGAUACGACCGUGUGGAGCGUGAGACAAGACGCCGCAUGGAAAAAGAAGCCGAAGAACAAAGAAAGAUUGACGUUGAGAUAGUUGAAGCCAAACGGCAGCAGCGGAAACUAAACUUCCUUAUUACACAGACCGAAUUGUAUGCCCAUUUUAUGUCGAAAAAGUUAGGAAAUGUUUCUAAAGAAGAACAACUUAAAAUUUUAUCUCAAUUGGACGAGGAAUCUAAUCCAAGACUAUCAUCAAUCGAUAGCUACGAUAGUGAUAUGAUGAAGCUCCAAGCUCAAAAGAACGCAACUGACGCAUUCAACAGUGAGCAAGCCCGUCGGGAACAAUUCGAUAGUGCAGUUCAACAACAUGUUCCCAUCAAUCAAAAAGUUGACGAAUCGGGUGCGAUUAUUGAUUUGCCACAACCCGGUAUUUUCCGUGGUUGUCUUAAAGGCUACCAAUUGAAAGGAAUGACUUGGUUAGCGAAUCUAUACGACCAAGGUAUUAGUGGUAUUCUUGCCGACGAAAUGGGACUUGGUAAAACAGUUCAGUCGAUUGCGUUUCUGUGUCACAUUGCAGAAAGCUACGGCGUUUGGGGUCCUUUCUUGAUCAUUUCCCCAGCGUCUACUUUACAUAACUGGCAGCAGGAAAUGGAACGUUUUGUACCGGAUUUCAAUGUGGUACCCUAUUGGGGAUCGCCGAACGAACGUAAAAUCCUUCGUCAGUUUUGGGAACAAAAGGAUCUCCACACAAAAGAUGCAAGCUUUCACGUCGUAAUAACAAGUUACCAGUUAGUUGUUUCUGAUUAUAAAUACUUCAAUCGUAUCAAGUGGCAGUACAUGGUACUGGACGAAGCGCAAGCUAUCAAAAGCUCCAGUUCGGUACGAUGGAAGUUGCUGUUAGGGUUCAACUGCCGAAAUCGAUUACUUCUCAGCGGCACACCGAUCCAGAACAGCAUGGCCGAACUUUGGGCGCUUCUGCAUUUCAUCAUGCCAACGCUAUUUGAUUCGCACGAGGAAUUCAACGAAUGGUUCUCGAAGGAUAUUGAAAGUCAUGCCGAAAACAAAACGGGAAUCGAUGAAAAACAAAUAUCUCGUCUCCAUAUGAUUUUGAAACCGUUUAUGCUGCGUCGAAUUAAGAAGGACGUUGAAAAUGAGCUUUCGGAUAAGAUUGAAGUGAUGGUGUAUUGUCCGCUGACGACUCGCCAAAAGCUACUGUAUGUGGCUUUGAAGAAAAAGAUCCGAAUCGAAGACCUGCUUCAUUUGACCGGCCAAGGAACUGGUGAUGGUCAUUCUUUCGAUAAGAAUUUUACUUCCAACCUGAUGAAUCUGGUAAUGCAGUUUCGUAAGGUUUGCAACCAUCCGGAGCUUUUCGAACGACGCGAUGCUAAAAGUCCAUUCUUCCUGCGGACCGAAGAAUAUCCCAUUGCGCGGCUUAUUUUUAACGAAGCAUUUCUGUACCGGAAAAUACCAAGCCAGCGCCAUUUACUCUUCAAUCGGUUUAACAUUUUCAAAACGGAAAAUGUACAAAGAUCCUUAUUUUCCAACAAAGAUGGAUCUAAAACAAAUUACUCUGCUAUCGAUGAUUUGAAUGUUGAAAACUGUUUCUCAUUUACACGGUUUUGCUCGAUUUCACCCGACGAAGUGGAAAAACUGGUCCUGGAAGGUCUUAUCUACUUUAUUCAACAUGUUUAUAAGUUCAACGAAUAUCUAAAACUGCUUCACAAUAGAUGGGUAUGGUGGGAAGGUCAAAUUAAUAGUAGCUGUAGGCUGUUGGAACCAACGAUUGAACGAUGGGCGAGUGGACUGUUUUCUCCAAUGUACGGAGCAUUGCAUUCCUUAAUUUUCACAUCGUCUAGUCAGAACAGCGUAUACACUCAUACGGAACAAAAAAUAUGCCCAAUGCAGGAAACAAUGGAACAUCGGAUCUUGAGAAGCCGAAAAGCGUUGAAACUGUCUAGAGAUACACUUAAGAGCAGCUCAGUUUAUGACGACCUUGAUAUUCAACCCAUCUUUCCUGGAGUUUCAAAAGAAAAGCUUCCUGCGGGUGCUAAAGCACCAGUUGCAAAUAUUCCACUAUUACCAGAGGUAGUCCACAUUCCACGAAAAGAAAAAACGUUACACUGCCAUCCCACAGCAAUGCCAACUUUCAUCUAUGGUUUAAUCAGUCGUGUUGUCAGCUCUGGAAGAAAAUACUAUUGUGAAAAUCGUGAAGCGGCUUGGCUAGCAAUUCGACACGAGCAUUGCGACACUCCGGAAGGUUUCCAGUUGAUGAGCAAUGCGCUGCAACUGUCCUACCCCACGACGGUCGGAUGGUCCAACAUAGUUAUACCGGACAAACAAACAUUGGUAUCGGACGCUGGUAAACUAGCCGUGUUGGAUUCAUUAUUGACUCGACUCAAAGCGCAGGGACAUCGAGUGCUCAUCUACUCCCAGAUGACGAAAAUGAUCGAUUUGUUGGAGGAAUACAUGUGGCAUCGAAAGCAUAGAUACAUGCGGUUGGACGGAUCGAGUAAAAUAUCCGCCCGCCGAGAUAUGGUUGCCGAUUUCCAGAAUCGAGCUGACAUAUUCGUGUUCCUGCUGUCAACGCGUGCUGGUGGGUUGGGUAUCAAUUUGACGGCAGCAGAUACGGUAAUAUUCUAUGAUUCCGACUGGAAUCCAACGGUUGACCAGCAAGCAAUGGAUCGAGCUCAUCGCCUCGGUCAAACCAAACAAGUAACCGUCUAUCGGUUAAUCUGUAAAGGUACGAUUGAGGAGCGAAUUUUACAGCGGGCCCGAGAAAAAAGUGAGAUCCAACGGAUGGUGAUCAGUGGAGGGAAUUUCAAACCCGAUACCCUUAAGCCGAAAGAAGUCGUCUCGCUGUUGCUGGAUGAUGAGGAAAUCGAGUUGAAAUACCGACAAAAGACCGAGGAAAGGAAGCUCGUCAACGAAGACCAACUCAAGAAUGACAAGGAACGAGAUAGAAAGCGAAAGCAGAGUGCCGCAUCUACCAAGAUUGUGGAACAGAAGAAAACUAAAGCUGACGGUUUGCUGGACGCAGAUGAUUUGGCAUUCCUCGAGUCCGGCCCGCAGAGCCCUGCUGCCAGCGAACAAUCAAACGGAAGUGAAACCGGUCACCUGAAGCUUCCCGACGUUCCCUGUGCUCGUGCUGAUGAUUAUUCCAGUGCCGAGGAGCCGUCGAUUGAUUGCGACAGCACCAGUGGACCGCAGACGCCAGCGCUAUUUUCGACCUACGACGGGCUGGGCAAGAAACGAAAACGCCACCAUCCACGUGGAACCAAGCGUGGUCGACCACGUGGCUCACGUCGCGGCGGCGGAACCGGCAGCAUCGGGCGGGCAGAAUCGACCGGAAUAUCUUCCACCGGCACUGGCGAUCAUCUACCUUCGACUUCCGAUGUCCCGAUAAUUAUGCAGCUGCCACAGGUCAAACGAGGACCCGGCCGGCCCCGCCUAAAGCCUAAUGGGCCCGCUAAUCAGGGAUACAGAACGCACAACAGGAGUGCUCCCCGUCCUAGGAAACCCGUCGGUCCUCUGGUUGUUCCGCUCGGGCAAAGUCCGGCUGCUACACCGAUUGUACAAAGCCCAGCGUUGAGCCCAUCGCAGAGUCCAGCUCGGGAUCGAUCUUCCAGUAUGUACCAACCUACGGAUGACGAUAUCUAACAUGUAUGACACAGGCAAGGUACGUAGGUAAACAUCGCAGUGGAAGUGAGAGAACCAAUAAUACUUAACAGCUUUCUGCUAAAUUAAACAUCCCCACAAUGAAGACAAAGAAAGUACAUCUCUAGUUG